AUGAUGUUAGCCGCACAUUAUAAUUUAAGACCCAUUGUUGAUUUACUUUUUGAACUGUUACCACUUGAUCGAGCUGUCGAUGAUCUAUUACGAUUAGCUUGUCGAUAUACAAUCGAUCGUCAUAUGCUAGAUGGUGAUAAUGCAUUUUAUUUUUUUGCACAAGGUUUAAAUGGGAAACAAACAUCAGAUAAUCCAAUUCUCUAUGAAGUUUACGAAUUUCAUCAUGAAUGUCAAACAUUCGAUGAAUUAAUCUCCAUACAAAAUGAUAACAAUGCUAUGUGUAUGCAUGCGUUACUCGUUAAUGAACGAAUUUUUCGUCAACAUGGAGAUAUUGCUAUUUAUUUUGAUUUAUUUGAGAAACAAUGCGAUUACUAUCAUGAUAAUCAGUUAUUUCAUCGUUGUCUUCAAUUACGUAUACAUGCAUAUCAAUUGAUACGUCGAGUACAAAACGAUAGUUACGAUCAACGAAGAUGGCAUGAUAAUAAAUUUUAUUCAUUAGUCAAAGACUUACAGAAUAUGUUGAGACAAAGUGGUGUAGUACCUGUUGAUUCAUUAGUAAUCAUAUUCAAUUGGAUAUUUGAUCAAAACAUGAUUGUUUCAACAUUUCUUCAACUCAAUCUUCUAAAAAUUGUUAUUUGUGUAAGUAUUUACAGUGUCGUUCAAAAUUGA